AUGUCUACUCAUUUGAAUCAAACAUUAGAGCAUUCAUGGCCACGUAGAGCACAGCAACUCUACAGUCUAUCAACUUACCAAAUUAUCAAAGAUGCUAAGAAAGGUAAUAAAAAAUCAAACUCAAAGCCAAAGAGUAGAGCUGCUACCAACUCUGCCAAAAGAAUAGGAUCAUCGUCAUCGUCGUCUAACAAGCCAAGAGGAGGAGGAGCUGUAAAGUCAAUGAAGGUCGCCAGAACUGCACCAAAGCAACCAGCCAAGAAGGAUACACUGAUCAGUCCAGACAAGAUCAAGAUUCAAAUUUCAAACACAACCAGAACUGCAAGUGCUCCAUCAUUUAGAAGCGCACCAAAGAGAACUCUAAGCAACACUGCCUCACCAAAGAGUGCAGUCACCAAGAAAGCUUCCAGAGUUGUAGAAGUAGUUAAAUCACAAAAAACAACCUCUUUCACAAGCAGAGCCACUGGUGGUGGACGUAGAAACAAUACAACCACAAGAACACUCACUUUGAAUGAUCGUUUCUCAAGAAAAGUUGCAAUCUCAUGUGGUUUAUCAAUAGUACAUCACGAAUAG